AUGGCGUGGCUAACCCGGACGAUCGGGAGAGAUUCGGGUNCAAUCUUCCGUUUUGGUAUAGAGUGGGACAGGGAGGGGGUGAUGCUACUGUAGUCCAACGGUGGGACGGACGUGCAGUUCAGUUUUUGGGCACGCAUACGGUGCUGCAGGGAUUUUUAGGUGUACCUCUUCGGGCUCUUGGAUACCAUUUUCUUGUCAUGUGUGUGCGUGUUCUUUAGAUCCU